CAAGGAUCAGUUUGACAAAGAAGUUCAUCUGUCAUUACGAACUAUGUGGCGUUUAAACUUUGAAGACAACCUCUGCAGAGACUUCGAGUCCGGUUCCACCGUACUCAAGCACCCUAAUGUUGGAGUGGGUCGGAGUUGGAAGACUCUAGGCAUCAGAUCUGGCUCGUUGGCUCUGAGCUCUGACUUUUGGCGGGUGCCGAUCAUAUCCGGAUUGCCGGGGCUCAGUCCCUUGCAUCUGGGCCAAAAACAACAAUCACAAAAGUUGAUUACUGCGGUGAUUGCAGGUGGCAAGUUGGCAGCAGACACAUGCGUCUUGCCGCAAAACGCAACACGGACGUGCAGGAAUGGGGGUGCUUGUCAGCAACCAACAUGUGCCAAUGAGUGAGGCAGGGAAAGCAAGUGAUGAGAUAACUUUCUUCAUUUCCCUUUCGAGAGGGCUGCCCCGCCCCAUGCGCGUUUACAGUCUCUAUUUUUUUUUUUCGAUGACAUUGAUCAUGACAGUAUCCUGCAUUAGCGGCUAGGCACAUCACGAUCAGAAUCAAAGCAGGUUUUGUGCACAAGGUUUGGAAAAAGGCUGUGUGCGAGUUGCACCAAGCGCGACCAAUGCAGGGAAAGAAAACUUGUCCUGCACAUACCAACUUUGUAACCACCUUUCUAUAUCCAUCCAUACCAGUGCUUACAGUAAUUAGCAUGCAUGUCCAGA